GUCCAAGAGGAGAAAACACUUGAGGAGUGUUAUGAGCAGCCAAUCGUCUGUACAACUCCGCAAGACUACAACAAGGCUGGGAGUGGGAGGGAGGACUCGGGAAGCAAAACACGGCGAAAUAACAAGUUUGUCUAAUAGCCACUGUUUGAAGCUGCACCGUGUCUGUAGUGUUGGACUUCAACUACAAAGUCAUACAAUUUGGACGCUGGAGAAGGGAAGCAACGCGUAAGAGUCGAGAGCCUCAGUUUACAAGUAUUACGGUGGCUGUCGAGAAAAUAGUGCCUGCCUGUCUGUGCUUUCCCCGGAAGGUUGGCAGUGCUAGGCGCGACUAUCAACACAGAAAAUGGACGAAGGAGGAAAGUUUAUUCUGGAAAAGACUAUUUAGCCGACCAGUUUAGCAACGUUGGAUUGAUCGCACGCACGCACCUGACUCGGUAUACGGAUGAACGUCCGCUCUGGUCGAAAUUGAGGAUUAUUUUAGGACAUGUUAACAAGUUUGACAACUGCACUCGCAAAUAAUCGUAUUUUCAAACGAGGCCAUUAUUUUCAUUUUCCGCACUUGUAUUAAUAUUCUUGGAGGACAUCUAUAUUGACAGUCGGUUCUGGUGCGGUGCGGACGGAACCGGACGCCAUCACAUCAGACGUUGCGUUCUCUUAAAAACAACCAUUGCGUUGCUAAGCCGUAAAUGUUAUUUUCUACUUUAAAAGCGUAACAAGGACUGUUUUCAGUGGCACACCAUACCUAUGUAGUAGUUUUCCUCCGCGACACGCAAUAUCACCGAUAACAUUAGCUGAAUGUUGUACAGCAGCAGAGACGCGGCGUCUCGUUAAAAUGAACGCAGCAAGGUGUUCAACAACAGUGGAGGUGCAUCGCAUUGAAAGCCUGCUAGUUGUUAGAACGGUACCGAUGGCCGGCUAACGGUGACGUUAACAGUUUGUUGAAAUCUCUUAAGUUAAAUGUGUUUUGAUCAGAUACUGUAAACGGCAUUCAGUAAAACCACUGCGAAUAACAUUAUAGCUCUCGGCCAGAGUUGACGUGAGCUAGUCAGCUGGGUGCGUCUGUAUGGCAGCUCAAUCUGCGAUGUGUUUGCUAAUCUAAGUGCUAACGUUACCGUGUUGUUCCGCAACAGUUUCAUCAUAUUGGACAGCCCGUUUGCUAUAUUUAAUCAAUAGAUAAGUCCUUGCAAGAUCGGUUUAGCACCACUUAACAUUUCCCCAAGUACCUCUUGUCAAAUCGCUGGCUAACUUGUUAGCUAAGGUUCUAAGUUUCGCCAGCUAUGUCUGAAAACGCCCCCACACGAAGCCUGGAUGACAUAGACCUCGCAGCUCUGAGGGAUCCAGCAGGAAUCUUUGAGCUGGUCGAGGUCGUCGGCAAUGGGACAUAUGGGCAGGUAUACAAGGGCCGUCAUGUGAAGACGGGCCAGCUGGCUGCCAUCAAGGUGAUGGAUGUUACAGAGGAGGAAGAAGAGGAGAUCAAAGCGGAAAUCAACAUGCUGAAAAAAUACAGCCACCACCGCAACAUAGCCACAUACUACGGUGCCUUUGUCAAGAAGAGUCCACCAGGACAUGAUGACCAACUUUGGCUGGUGAUGGAGUUCUGUGGGGCGGGAUCGGUGACUGACCUGGUGAAAAACACUAAGGGCAGCUCUCUGAAGGAGGACUGGAUCGCUUACAUCUGCAGAGAGAUCCUAAGGGGCCUUUCUCACCUCCACGCCCAUAAAGUUAUCCACAGAGACAUCAAGGGCCAGAACGUGCUGCUAACGGAGAAUGCAGAGGUCAAACUUGUUGAUUUUGGCGUGAGUGCUCAGUUGGACAGGACUGUUGGGCGUAGGAACACCUUCAUUGGCACACCUUACUGGAUGGCACCUGAGGUUAUUGCCUGUGAUGAGAACCCUGACUCCACCUAUGACUACAGGAGUGAUAUCUGGUCCUUGGGGAUCACAGCCAUUGAGAUGGCAGAGGGAGCUCCUCCCUUGUGUGACAUGCACCCGAUGAGAGCCCUCUUCCUGAUUCCCAGGAAUCCCCCUCCAAAACUUAAAUCCAAAAAAUGGUCCAAGAAAUACAUUGACUUUAUAGAGGGCUGUCUCGUGAAGACAUAUACCAGCCGACCAUCCACAGAGCAGCUUCUCAAGCACUCCUUCAUCAGGGACCAGCCCACUGAGCGCCAGGUCCGAAUUCAGCUCAAAGACCAUAUUGACCGUACACGCAAGAAAAGGGGAGAGAAAGAAGAAACAGAGUAUGAGUACAGUGGUAGUGAUGAAGAGGAUGAAAAUCGUGGAGAUGACCGAGAGUCAAGUUCAAUCCUCAAUGUGCCCGGUGAGUCCACCCUGAGGCGGGACUUCCAGCGUCUGCAGCAGGAGAACAAAGAGCGCUCGGAGGCUCACAAGAGGCAGCAGGCCCAACUGGCUGCUCAGCGUAGGGACCCUGAGGAACACAAGAGGCAACUGUUGCAUGACCGACAGAAACGCAUUGAGGAGCAGAAGGAACAGCGUCGCCGACUUGAAGAGCAACAGAGGAAAGAGCGAGAGAUGGUGAGGCAGCAAGAAAAAGGUCCCCAUCGGAGACUUGACGAUAUGAGACGGGAGGAAGAUAGAAGGUUGGCUGAGAGGGAGCAGGAGUUUAUCAGACAUAAGUUAGAAGAAGAGCAGCGGCAAUUAGAAAUCCUCCAGCAGCAGUUGCUUCAGGAGCAAGCACUGCUUAUGGAGUAUAAGCGCAAGCAGCUGGAGGAACAGCGUCAGUCAGAGCGACUGCAGAGGCAGCUGCAGCAGGAGCAUGCCUACCUGGUGUCUUUGCAACAACAGCAGCAAGAAAAGAAGCCCCAGCUCUACCACUAUAACAAAAACCUGGAGCCCAACAACAAACCUACCUGGGCCCGUGAGGUGGAGGAGCGAAGUAAGCUCAACAGACAGGGCUCACCCAAAAUCUGCACCACUGUCUCUGACACUGCCAUCCAGUUGCGCUCUGACUCAAUCAGCCAAUCGGGAGGGGCCCAGUCUGCUCAGACCCCACCAAUGCAGAGGCCUGUUGAACCCCAAGGGGGGCAGGGAAAGUUCCAGAUGGCUCACUUGGUUCCAUUGAAGCCUUAUGCUGCCCCUGUCCCUCGUUCCCAGUCCCUCUGUGACCAGCCCACUAAGACCAUGUCUGCAUUCCCCACCCAGGAUCCCUCCCUUACCCCCACGCCCCGCCCCAUCCACUCUAGAGAGCUGGUGCGUCAAAACUCUGACCCCACUUCUGAAACCCCGGCACCACUGGCACACCAAAUCGGAGAGGAUCGCGGCCCCUGGAUCCGCCUGCCAGAUGUGGAACUCCCACCCAAGAUUCCCCAGAGGACAGCGUCUAUUGCCACAGCUCUCAACACCAACCUGAACUCUGGCAUAAGGCAUCCAGUACGGGCCAGCAAUCCAGAUCUCAGCCGCAAUGAUCGCUGGGAGAGAGGAGACUGUAUGAGCAUCAUAUCCAAUCUGCCCCAGACUGGCUCUCUAGAGAGGCAUCGCAUCCUCAGUUCCUCCAAAAUGGAUUCACCCAUUCUCUCCCAUGAUAGUCGUCAUAAGCCAGGGGAGUCUCGCACCUCCUCCCGCCCUGGGCGCCCUGCUAGUUACAAGAGAGCCAUAGGGGAGGACCAUGGCCUCUUUGCCAAGGAGCGUGCUGAGGAGCAGCCAAGGCCCCCAGUCAAGGCCAACGAUUACUCCUCGUCUUCCGAGAGCAGCGAGAGUAGCGAGGAGAGUGAGAGUGGCGAAGGAGCAGAGGAAGAAGAAAGCCCCACAGAUCGUCACAGGGACGCAGACACUGAUUCAGUCAACACCAUGGUGGUUCAUGAAGACGAAGGCGAGGGGGGAGAGGGAGAGCAAGCUGGGGGCUAUGGCGAUCAGACCAUGCUGGUGCAGAGGACCCCAGAGAAGCGGAGCCAUAAUGGAUACACUAACUUGCCAGAUGUGGUGCAGCCCUCCCACUCCCCCACUGAUUCAGCCACUCACUCCUCCCCUGGGAAGGACUCUGUUUAUGAUUAUCAGUCCAGAGGUUUGGUGAAAGCAUCUGGCAAAUCCUCCUUCACCACCUUUGUGGAUCUGGGCAUGUACCAGACACCAGGAGGUACAGGGGAUAACAUAUCUGUCAGUGGCUUGAGGUUUGAGCAGCUGAAGAUGGAGGUGAGGAAAGGAUCCAUGGUGAAUGUCAAUCCCACCAACACCCGCCCCCCCAAUGACACACCUGAGAUCCGCAAGUACAAGAAGAGGUUCAACUCUGAGAUCCUGUGUGCUGCGCUCUGGGGUGUUAACCUGUUGGUGGGCACAGAGAACGGUCUGAAGCUGCUGGACCGUAGUGGUCAGGGCAAGGUUUACCCCCUCAUCAACUCCCGCAGGUUCCAACAGAUGGACGUCCUGGAGGGCCUCAACCUGCUCAUCACCAUAUCAGGCAAGAAAAACAAGGUGCGUGUGUACUACCUGGCCUGGCUGAGGAACAAGAUCCUCCACAAUGACCCUGAGGUGGAGAAGAAGCAGGGCUGGACCACUGUGGGGGAGAUGGAGGGCUGCGUGCACUACAAAGUGGUGAAAUACGAGAGGAUAAAGUUUCUGGUGAUUGCUUUGAAGAAUGCGGUGGAAGUCUAUGCUUGGGCGCCCAAACCUUAUCACAAAUUCAUGGCCUUCAAGUCUUUUGCAGACCUGCCACACAGGCCUGUCCUGGUCGACCUGACUGUGGAGGAGGGGCAGAGGUUGAAGGUGAUCUACGGUUCUUGUGCUGGCUUCCAUGCCAUUGACGUGGACUCUGGAAACAACUAUGACAUUUAUAUCCCAGUUCAUAUCCAGAGCCAUGUGAUGCCGCACGCAAUUGUCUUCCUGCCCAGCUCAGACGGCAUGGAGAUGCUGCUGUGCUACGAAGACGAGGGCGUCUACGUCAACACCUACGGACGCAUCAUCAAGGACGUGGUCCUGCAGUGGGGCGAGAUGCCCACAUCUGUUGCUCAUAUCUGCUCAAACCAGAUCAUGGGAUGGGGAGAAAAGGCCAUUGAGAUCCGUUCUGUAGAGACUGGCCACCUGGAUGGUGUCUUCAUGCACAAAAGAGCUCAGAGGCUGAAGUUCCUUUGUGAGAGAAAUGACAAGGUGUUCUUUGCAUCAGUGCGGUCUGGAGGCAGCAGCCAGGUGUACUUCAUGACGUUGAACAGAAACUGCAUCAUGAAUUGGUGAAGGAACAGCUGCUCUGGUCAGUGUGUGGAACCCAGCAGGGUUCGGAGAAGCAAGUGCAUCCGAAAUUCUCUCAAACGCAUGCACACAAAUACCAACACUUCUCUCCCUUUCUCUCCAGCUCGCACUCAGUCACUCACGCACACAUGCUCCAAAGACACACACACACACACACACACACACACAAUGUCAUAGACAAACACACGCAUACACAAAACAAUCUUUCAAUCCAUUCCAGCUUACAUCACAAUUUCUAGAGGCUCCGUGAUAACAUUAUCUCUGAAAUCAAAUGUUAAUACCAUCUACAGUGUAUUGAUUUGUACUGUAAAUAUUCUUGUCUUGAUUUCCUUUACUUGGUGGACAUGUGUUCAGUCGUAACUGAUUAGUUCCUAAUUCUAAAGUAUGUUAAAAAAAACAUUCCUGAGUGGUUCUACAGUACAUUUUGAAGAAGGCAUUAUUCACCAAUACUGUAUGUUGAAAUUAAGCUGUAAAUAGGUAGCACCUUACACUUAGAUCUCAAUCAUUUGCAGGUCUCUAAUAUAGCCUCCAUUUGGUGUGUUGCCACCGGCACACAUGGACGUCAAAUAAUAAAAUGCUGGAACACCCAUCUGCAGUGGCUUGUGAACCCCCAAUGUUUUGGGGCUCCCACAAUUUCAGGGAGGCUUAAAGGAAGGAUUUAGUACAAUAAAAUAUUACAAAAGGACAUUAAAGUCAGGACAAAGUAGCUUGUUGAAGUAUUUUUAGUUUAUGUAUAGUCGACCGUAACCUGAGGCCGGCUUUCACUAACUUUUUCCGGCCUGAAUGACAAAUGAUGUUGCAACUCUUAAUCACAGCAAGUAAGCCUUGAAUGCUUCAAAAGCAAAAAUAGAUUUCAGUUUAAAAAUGAAUAAAUGAUAAAAAAACAAU